GGUUGUCUUUGCAUGGGCGGGGGACUUCCCGAGCCUGCCGGGACCAUGACCUGAACUGUGCGAGCGGGACGAGUCUGAAGCCCGAGAGCCAGCUCACCUGAGCCGCCCCCUCCCCAGCCAGCAUGGCGUCUGAAGAAGCCUCCCUCAGGGCAUUGGAAAGUCUGAUGACAGAGUUUUUCCACGAUUGUACGACCAAUGAAAGAAAACGUGAGAUAGAAGAGCUUCUUAAUAACUUUGCCCAGCAGAUAGGAGCAUGGAGAUUCUGCCUAUAUUUUCUCUCCAGCACAAGGAAUGACUAUGUAAUGAUGUACAGUUUAACGGUUUUUGAGAACCUGAUCAAUAAAAUGUGGCUGGGGGUCCCAUCUCAGGAUAAGAUGGAAAUCCGUAGCUGCCUGCCCAAACUUCUUUUGGCUCACCAUAAAACCUUACCUUACUUUAUCCGAAACAAACUCUGCAAAGUUAUUGUUGAUAUUGGACGUCAAGAUUGGCCCAUGUUCUACCAUGACUUUUUUACUAACAUUUUACAGUUGAUCCAGUCCCCUGUGACAACCCCCCUCGGGCUGAUCAUGUUGAAGACAACUUCUGAAGAGCUGGCUUGUCCUCGUGAGGAUCUCAGUGUGGCUCGGAAGGAGGAGUUGCGGAAGCUGCUGCUGGACCAGGUGCAGACAGUGCUCGGGCUGCUGACAGGUAUCUUGGAGACUGUCUGGGACAAACACAGUGUUACCGCCGCCACUCCACCACCAUCCCCGACCUCAGGAGAAAGUGGUGACUUACUGAGUAACCUGUUGCAAAGUCCUAGUUCUGCCAAACUGUUGAAUCAGCCAAUCCCCAUCCUUGAUGUGGAGAGUGAGUAUAUCUGUUCCCUGGCCUUGGAGUGCCUGGCCCAUCUCUUCAGUUGGAUUCCUCUGUCUGCCAGCAUCACCCCAUCCCUCCUUACCACCAUCUUCCACUUUGCACGCUUUGGCUGUGACAUCCGGGCCAGAAAGAUGGCUUCAGUUAACGGCAGCAGCCAGAACUGUGUCUUGGGUCAGGAGCGCGGCCGGCUUGGGGUCCUGGCCAUGUCCUGCAUCAAUGAACUCAUGUCAAAGAACUGUGUGCCUAUGGAAUUUGAGGAGUAUUUACUGCGUAUGUUCCAGCAGACUUUCUACCUCCUGCAGAAAAUCACCAAGGAUAACAAUGCUCACACAGUGAAGAGCAGGCUAGAAGAGCUUGACGAGAGCUACAUUGAGAAGUUUACUGACUUUCUGCGGCUCUUUGUGAGUGUUCACCUAAGAAGAAUCGAGUCCUACUCCCAGUUCCCUGUGGUGGAAUUUUUGACGCUUUUGUUCAAGUACACAUUUCAUCAGCCUACUCAUGAAGGUUACUUCUCUUGUUUGGAUAUCUGGACGCUCUUUUUGGACUAUCUGACAAGUAAAAUUAAAAGUCGUCUGGGAGACAAGGAAGCAGUGCUCAACAGGUACGAAGACGCCCUGGUGCUCUUGCUUACAGAGGUGUUGAAUCGAAUCCAGUUCAGAUACAACCAGGCCCAGUUGGAGGAGUUGGACGAUGAAACUCUGGAUGAUGAUCAGCAGACAGAGUGGCAGCGGUACUUACGCCAGAGCUUGGAGGUAGUGGCCAAAGUGAUGGAGCUCCUUCCCACACACGCCUUCUCAACACUGUUCCCAGUUCUUCAAGACAAUUUAGAAGUUUAUUUGGGAUUGCAGCAGUUCAUAGUUACUUCAGAGUCAGGACACAGGUUGAACAUCACGGCGGAGAAUGACUGUCGGCGGCUGCACUGUUCUCUGAGAGACUUGAGCUCCCUGCUGCAGGCUGUGGGCCGGUUAGCCGAGUACUUUAUUGGGGACGUGUUUGCUGCACGGUUCAGUGACGCCCUCACAGUCGUGGAGAGGCUGGUCAAAGUCACUCUGUAUGGAUCUCAGAUAAAAUUGUACAACAUUGAAACUGCUGUGCCAUCAGUAUUGAAACCUGACCUCAUUGAUGUGCAUGCUCAGUCCCUGGCUGCUCUCCAGGCGUAUUCUCACUGGCUAGCGCAGUACUGCAGCGAGGCACCCCGGCACAGCACACAGCAGUUUGUGACACUCGUCUCUACUGCUGCAGAUGCGAUCACACCUCUCAUCAGCACCAAGGUACAAGACAAGUUGCUGCUAUCUGCGUGCCACUUACUGGUCUCACUGGCCACCACUGUGCGGCCCGUCUUUCUGAUCAGCAUCCCUGCAGUGCAGAAAGUGUUCAACAGAAUCACUGAUGCCUCUGCCCAGCGACUUGUUGAUAAGGCUCAGGUGUUGGUGUGCCGAGCCCUCUCUAACAUCUUGCUGCUUCCGUGGCCAAACCUACCAGAAAAUGAGCAGCAAUGGCCUGUGCGCUCCAUCAAUCAUGCCAGCCUCAUCUCUGCACUCUCCCGAGACUAUCGCAACCUGAAACCCAAUGCUGUCUCCCCACAGAGAAAGAUGCCACUAGAUGACACCAAAAUGAUUAUCCACCAGACACUUAGUGUCCUAGAAGAUAUCGUGGAGAGUAUUUCUGGGGAGUCUACCAAGUCCAGACAGAUCUGCUACCAGUCACUGCAGGAAUCCGUUCAGGUCUCCCUGGCCCUCUUUCCAGCUUUUAUUCAUCAGUCAGAUGUGACUGAUGAGAUGCUGAGCUUCUUCCUCACUCUGUUUCGAGGCCUUAGAGUACAGAUGGGCGUGCCUUUCACUGAACAGAUCAUACAGACUUUCCUCAAUAUGUUUACCAGAGAACAGUUGGCUGAGAGCAUUCUCCACGAAGGCAGCACUGGCUGCCGGGUGGUGGAGAAGUUCCUGAAGAUCCUGCAGGUGGUGGUCCAGGAGCCUGGCCAGGUGUUCAAACCGUUCCUCCCCAGCAUCAUCUCCCUAUGCAUGGAGCAGGUGUAUCCCAUCAUUGCUGAGCGCCCCUCCCCUGACGUGAAGGCUGAGCUGUUCGAACUCCUUUUCCGGUCACUCCAUCACAACUGGAGGUACUUCUUCAAGUCCACUGUCCUGGCCAGUGUUCAGAGGGGGAUUGCCGAGGAGCAGAUGGAGAAUGAGCCCCAGUUCAGUGCCAUCAUGCAGGCUUUUGGACAGUCCUUUCUCCAGCCUGACAUCCACCUUUUUAAACAAAAUCUCUUCUAUUUGGAAACCCUCAAUAGCAAGCAGAAGCUGUACCAUAAGAAGAUCUUCCGGACCACCAUGCUGUUCCAGUUUGUGAAUGUGCUGCUCCAGGUGCUGGUUCACAAGUCCCACGACCUUCUGCAGGAGGAAAUCGGCAUCGCCAUUUACAACAUGGCCUCUGUAGACUUCGAUGGCUUCUUUGCAGCCUUCCUCCCAGAGUUUCUGACCAGCUGUGAUGGUGUGGAUGCCAACCAGAAAAACGUUCUGGGUCGGAAUUUCAAGAUGGAUCGGGUGAGGACAGCAAGAGGCUGGGCUGCAGGGAGGGCAAGCACUCGAGCCUGCGCCUAUUUGGACCUGCCCUCGUUCACCCAGAAUGUGCACAGGCUGGUCAACGACCUGCGCUACUACAGACUCUGCAAUGACAGCCUGCCCCCUGGCACUGUGAAGCUCUAGGCUCGGCCCUGCAUGCCUCUUCGGCCUGCUUGCCACCUGAGGGACACAAACUUCUGCCGCUGCCACCUGCACCACCUCCAUCUUCCACCACAGAUGUCUCUCAGACAAGUCUCGGCUACUCCUUGGAUUUUCACACCCUCAGCAGCAUUGCCUGCCUCUGUCCCUCCUCCACCCUUGUCUCCUGCCACCACCAGCAGAGUUGGCUUCAGGGCCCAUGUCAGCACUAGAUGGAGGUCCCAGGGUGUUUAGAGCAGGCGGAGGGUCAUGUGGCCAGGUACCAGGGAGGCACUGGGAAAUCCCGUGGGGUGGUCCAUGCAGAUCACACACAUGUCAGUCGUGGGGCAGAAAUGCCAAGGACAGCUUACAACAGUGCCACCUUCUCACCAUUCCACUCCUUGGCCCAUCCAGCCAAGAGAGACACGGUGUAGGAACUGUUUGGCGCUUCUGUUGAGCCUCCCCUGCCCUGAUUGCCUUGAAGUCUCUGCUGUUUGUCAGAGAUUUGCAAAGACUCAUGUUUUGUUCUUGUUUUCUCAUCAUUCCAUUGUGAUACUAAGAAACUAAGAAGCUUAAUGAAAAAAUAAAAUGCUUAUGUUGUUGUUAUAUAAA